AAACAUUUGCAAAAUCUGCUAUUUGGUCAAAAAAAUACCCAAAGUUGUAGUAAUAUUAAAUUGGAGAUAGAACUCAACAAAUUAUAGAUACACAUAUUUGUUAUUUCAACAACUGAAAUUGAAUUAAUACACGCACACAGAGAAAGCGGAAAAUUCUGUUACAAGGAAACUAACCUCGUAUUUUUACUCCCAGAAAUCUAAAUGUAGUAGUUUUUUAAUCUUUGCGCUGCCUCAAGGUUAAUCAAAAAAAGAAGGAAAGGAUGGAUCCUUGUGAUUGUUUUGAGACACAAUGGCCAGCUGAUGAGCUGCUAAUCAAGUAUCAGUAUAUAUCUGAUUUCUUUAUUGCGUUUGCAUAUUUCUCGAUUCCGUUAGAACUUAUAUACUUUGUUCAGAAAUCGGCAUUCUUUCCGUAUAGAUGGGUGCUUAUGCAGUUUGGUGCUUUUAUAGUUCUAUGUGGCGCCACCCAUUUUAUAAGUCUUUGGACCUUCACCUCCCACUCCAAAACUGUUGCUAUCGUUAUGACUGUCGCGAAACUGUCUACUGCUUUCGUGUCGUGUAUGACUGCUUUAACGCUUGUUCAUAUUAUACCUGAUCUAUUGAGCGUUAAAACGAGGGAGUUGAUUUUAAAACAAAGAGCUGAAGAUCUUGAUAGGGAAAAGGGGUUGAUUAUUAAGCAAGAAGAAUCCGGAAGGCAUGUUAGAAUGCUUACACAUGAAAUUAGAAGUACCCUAGAUAGGCACACUAUAUUGAAAACGACGCUCAUUGAGCUCGGUAGGACUUUGGAUCUUGAGGAAUGUGCGUUGUGGAUGCCGUCAAGAAAGGGUAUGAUUCUUCAGCUUUCUCAUUCAUUGCAUAAUCUAAUACCGUUUGGGUCAACGGUUCCCAAUAAUCUCCCCAUCAUCACUGAGGUGUUCAAUAGUGCUAAAGCUAUAACGAUUCCGCCUAAUUGUCCACUCGCUAGGAUUAGAACCUCUGUUGGAUCUUACAUUCCGCCUGAAGUUGUUGCUGUCCGUGUUCCUCUUUUGCAUCUCUCCAAUUUUGAAAUUGAUAAUUGGCCUGAUCAUUCUGCAAAAAGUUAUGCUGUGAUGGUUUUGAUUCUUCCUCUGAAUGGUGUGAGAAAGUGGUGCGACCAUGAACUGGAUCUUGUUACCGUUGUUGCUGACCAGGUCGCCGUUGCUCUUUCUCAUGCUGCAAUCCUAGAAGAAUCUAUGCGAGCUCGCGAUCAGCUCACAGAUCAAAAUUUCGCUUUGAAUGUGGCCCGACAAGAAGCAGAGAUGGCUAUUCAUGCUCGUAACGAUUUCCUGGCUGUCAUGAAUCAUGAAAUGAGAACUCCGAUGCAUGCAAUUAUAGCGCUCUCGUCACUUCUCUUGGAGACCGAGCUUAAUCCAGAUCAAAGGGCCAUGAUAGAGACCAUCCUUAAAAGUAGCAACCUUCUAGCUGCACUCGUAAAUGACGUUCUUGACCUUUCUAGGCUAGAGGAUGGUAGCCUAGAACUUGAACAUGAAGUCUUUGACCUUCACGGGUUGUUCACAGAGGUAAUGAAAUUGAUUAAUCCCAUUGCAUCUGUGAAAAACACAUCCAUGGCAUUGAAUUGUGAUCUGGACCUACCUGCUUUUGCUAUUGGUGAUGAAAAACGACUUAUACAGAUAGUCUUAAAUGUUGUUGGCAAUGCGGUUAAGUUCACCAAAGGAGGUCAUGUUUCGAUUCAGGCAUCCAUUUUGAGCCCAGAGUAUUUACAAGAGUGGCAAACACCUGAAUUCUUCCCUACUUUGAGUGAUGGUCUGUUCUACCUACUUGUGCAGGUUAAGGAUUCAGGAUCUGGCAUUAAACAACAAGACAUUCCACACAUUUUUACGAAAUUUUCAGAGCCACGCAGUGCUUCCAACCGAAGUGUUAGUGGUGCAGGUAUUGGACUCGCAAUUUGCAAAAGGUUUGUAAUUCUGAUGGGAGGUCAUAUUUGGGUCGAGAGUGGAGGUUUGGGCAAGGGUACUACAGUUGCUUUCCUUGUUAGAUUAGGUCACUAUCCGAACGACCCCACCAUGCAAAAACUUGUCCCUCAAAUGUUUCCUAAAGCAAGACCCCAUCAAGGCAGCGGUGAACUUAUCCAACAUAGACAGUUUGAGAGAGAGGACUACAAAGUGGCUGCUUCAUUCCCACUUUACAAUAGGAGUAUGUAGCUUUUAGCGCACAUACAUUUGAUUCAAAAGGUGCUAACAAAGAGGAGAGUCAACGUAUACACGCAUUGUAACCUAAAUUAAAGAAGAGGUUAAUGGUAAAAAGAAUAUUGGGUUUACCAUAUUGUAUUUGUGAGUAGAUUUAUAGAGGCAUUAAGAGUCACUUGUAUCAUAAUCUUACAUUGUAUCUUACUUGAUUGAAGUGCAAUGCAGAAUGGUAUCUUGAGUGGAUA